AACGUUGCGAAUCCAAAAAGCGAAAGAGAAAAAAAAAAAAAAGGGGGAAAAAAAGGUCGGAGAAGGUAAAUAACGGCGAGCUCCUCUCGAAACCCUAGCUGCGAAAUCCAUCGGAGCCCUAAAUCCGUGGACGUUUUGCGGUUUUCUCUUCCGUAGAUUCGCUCGAUCGCGUCCUCCGAUCGGUGGAUUCGCGUUCGGAUCCGGAUUUCUAGGGUUUUUCUAGGGUUUCGAUCAGUUUGGUGGUGGCGGAGGAAGGGGAUCUGUGAUCUCCGGAGGGGAGAUGGCGAGCGCGGAUAAGGGACUCGAGGAUCGGCUCCGUAAAAUCGGCGAUCGUCUCCGCUCGCCGGCGACUUCUGUCGAAGAGCUCCUCCCUCUUCUCGAUCGAGCAGAAAGAUUGUUAUUGAAGGUGGAACAAUCACCGUCUCAAUCGAUGAUAAAUGCAAUUCGUCCUGCAAUGAAUGCCCUAGUUGCCGAAGAGCUUUUGAGACAUCCUAAUGCAGAUGUAAGAGUUUCUGUGGCCUCAUGUGCAAGUGAAAUCACGAGAAUAACGGCACCAGAUGCUCCUUAUGAUGAUGAUUUAAUGAAGAUGGUGUUUCAGAGAAUAGUGGAAGCAUUUGAAAAGUUGGAUGAUAUGUCCAGUUCCUUAUAUUUGAAGAGGGUUUCAAUUCUUGAAACUGUGGCAAAGGUUCGAUCGUGCGUUGUGAUGUUGGAUCUAGAAUGUGAUGACCUAAUUCUACAUAUGUUUCGUCAUUUCCUGAAUUCCAUAAGGUCGAACCAUCCAGAAAAUGUCUUCUCAUCAAUGGAGACUAUAAUGACACUUGUGAUUGAGGAGAGUGAAGAUAUCUCAGCAGAACUUGUCUCUUGCCUUCUUGAGAGUCUAAAAAAGGAGAGCAAAGAAAUCAAUCCUACAGCAUUCAGACUUGCAGAGAAAGUCGUUCGUAACUGUGGUGUAAAACUGAAUCCGGCUUUGAUAAAAUUAGUCCAAAACACUCCCUUAAGUAAUUAUAGCAAGGUUGUUGGCUCUCUACGCCAAGAGAAUUCUGAUGCUACGGACCGCACCGAUGUAAAUGAUUCUGGGAAGAAUGCGAGUCUUUCUCCACCACGGGAAAACACCAUUGCAGAUGAUAAUAAGCUAUCUGAGAGGGCUGUUUCUGAUGAGCUACCUCAGGUCUCUUCACAGUUGGAUCAAGUAGGUUGUCCUCAAGAAUCUGAUACCCUUGCAAACGAGUCAUCGCAAUCAAAGAUGACCAAUGGUACUGUUCCAAUAGGUAAUGGUGAAUCUGUGGUGGAACCAACUUCACCUCAACAGAAGCCUGAACAAUCUCGUCGUGGUGUUGAGUCAAAAGGUACUGUUCCAGAAACUACAGAUGAUUCCAACAAUGUCGAGUCAGCUGUGGCGAAGCCUGAUAGUUUAUCAGAUCUGAACGCCAAGAAAAUGGGAGGCCGCAGUUCUAAUUUGUCUACUCAAUUAACUGAGACGAGUGAUGGUUCUAGGACUGAUAACGAGAAAGAAACACCACUAGUACCCGGCAGUAGAGAAGACCAUGGAAGAGAAGCUGAUAGUGCACAAGUUGAUGGUCCAUCCGAUAAAGAAGCAGAGUCACCCAUGCCAUUGGAUACUGACAAUAAAGAUCAUCUUCAACUUCCUUCAAGUGCUAAUGAUGGAACUGUUUAUUCAGAUCCACCAAAAAGAGACGGAUCUUCUGGGUCAGACAUAUCUGACAAGAAAGGUGGAGGUGACUUGUCGUCUGACCAGCUUACGUCUUCUUCUGAAGGUCCAGAUUCUAAGAAGGCUUCAGAAGAUUUGAGCGACUCAGAAGAGAAGCCCUUGAGACACUCGGGUAAGAAGGGAAGCAAAAAGGUUGGUGAAAUAUUGGCUGGUAGUGCAGUCUAUUCAGAGCCAAAAACUCGGACUCGUAGAGAUAAAGUCGGUUCCACGGUCAAGGAUGGUGUCACAGAAUCAUCACGUAGACAACCAAAGUCUAAUAAUAAGCAGCCGAAGGAAACAAGUGAAUCUGAAGAUGCAGCUGGAGAGCUCAGUUUGAAGAAAGCUGGUUCUGGCAGUCUGAGAAAUCGAAGUGGAUCAAAGAGGAACCAUGGUCGAGGGACAGAAAAGAUCUCUACAUCGAAACAAAGAAAAGAUCUUGAUGAGAGUCUUGUUAACUCCAUGAUUAAAGUAUGGUGGCCGGCUGAUAAAGCGUUCUAUGAUGGUGUGGUUCAUUCAUAUAAUCCCUCUUCUAAGAAGCAUACGAUUGUCUAUAAUGAUGGUGAUGUAGAGAUAUUACGGCUUAAGGAAGAAAGAUGGGAACUUAUUGAAGGCAACACAGAAGCAGAUGAGCAGGGAGGAUCGGAGGAUCUUCCAAGACCUGAUGCUUCAUCGGAAAUGCCGCCAAGUAAAAAAGCUAAAACAAGUUCCAGUCGUGCACCAAAAAAAGCAAAGACGCAGACACCGAGCAGCAAUGAGUUCAGCAGCAUGCGUACAGGAGUUAUUCCGAAACGUAAAAGCAGGUCGAAGGCUGUCAGUGAGGAUAAAGAAGAGACUCCUAAAGGUGACGAGAGGUCUAAGGAUGAGACACCGCGACGCACGCGCAAGUCUAAGGAUGAUAGCUCCAAUCACUCCGCCAAGUCGAAUGAUGAUGUCUCAAGAACUCGCAGCCGUGCAAAGGGCAUUGCCCUUCAAUCCGGCGGAAGGUCGCAGGAUGAAACCCAAAAGAAGACGAACAAAUCAAAGGAUGAUGUAGCCAGUUCCAGCAAAGAUGCAGCUAAAGGUAAAUCCAGCGCCGAAACUCCAACCCUUCGACAGAAAUCAAAGGGUGUUCCGAAUGGCUCCUCCGGGAAAGGCAAGCUCCGGGCCCAAAAGAGAGCGAGUACUGGAAAAGUAGAGUCACAGGUAAUUGGGGCUUCGACAGGAAAGAAGAGGCGGAGGAAGAGCCAAAGCUGAUUGGGCACUUCGACGCAUGCUUUGCCCAUCCCCUUUUUUUUUUUCUCUUUUUUCUUUUUUCCUUUUUUCCUCUCAGGUAAAUACAUGCUGUUUACAGUUUCUUGGGGUAUUGUGGAUAGGCAAUUCUUCAGUGUUUUGCUUUGCUUCUCGCCCGAAAUCGCCUAUCUGGUCGCCCAGGUGCUGCUAGUCAUGUUGACGAUUUAACUGACACUGUAGAUGCUUUGGGUAGGGGGGUAGGGGUUGUAAUGUUUAGCAUUACCUGUUUCCUUUGGCCUUUGGCAUGUGUUGUUAUGCAAGACCUCUGGUAGCUGGGUUUAUGUUUACCGUAAGUUAUUUUAGUCGGUAACGUAGUUAGGCUACAGGCUGUUUCGAGAAAUAUGAAAUUUUGUAGCACUUGUCUGCGUGAAAAAAAAAAGGAAGUAUUUCGGUUUA